GCUCGCUCCCGCCUGUCUUCGCGUCCGCGGCGGCCCGGACAGCGCGCGCCGCCUCACGCUAUUCCGCAGGCCGCCCGCGCCUGCCCUCGCGGCGCGCUCCCGGGCCCGGCCGCGAUUCCCCACUCGGGCCGGCUGGCUCGCGAGUUCUCUCGCCCCGCCCCCCUCGGCGCCGCCGCUGGGCGCUUGCGCGGGGCGCGUGGCCGUGGCCCGGGUCUCGCCGCAGCCCGAGCCGCCGCCGCCGCCGCCUCAGUCAAUCAGUCAGUCCCCAGCAAUGGCGGACGGAGGUGAGCGAGAGGAGCUGCUCUCGCCGUCACCGGUCUCUCCGGCCAAGCGGCUGUGUUCGUGGCCCAGCCCGCAGGCUCACCACCCUCGCGGUUCGCCUGGGGCAGCCGGCGGAGGGGCAGGGGGCGUCGGCAGCAGCUGCCUGGUCCUCGGGGCCCGCCCCCACCUGCAGCCGGAGUCCUUACUGGACUGCGCCGCCAAGACGGUGGCGGAAAAGUGGGCGUACGAACGGGUGGAGGAGCGCUUCGAGCGGAUCCCGGAGCCCGUGCAGCGCCGCAUCGUCUACUGGUCCUUCCCGCGGAAUGAGCGGGAGAUCUGCAUGUACUCCAGCUUCCAGUACCGGGGCGGCCCCGGCGCCGGCGCGGCUGGCGGCGCCGCGGGGGCUUCGCCGGCCGAGGAGGGGCCGCCACCACCCCCCGGGGCCGCCGCUCCGGCCGGCUCCGCCCCCGGGGGCGUCGCGGCUGGGGUAUCCCCCGCGCUGGGCGCAGGGGCCGGCGCGGCCGGCUGCGGUGGCGAGGGGCUCCCGUUCCGCCGGGGCAUCCGUCUGCUGGACAGCGGCUCCGUGGAGAACGUGCUGCAAGUCGGCUUUCAUCUGAGUGGCACAGUAACUGAGCUGGCCACUACCUCUGAACCAGCAGUGACUUACAAAGUUGCAAUCAGUUUUGAUCGAUGCAAAAUCACCUCAGUGACAUGUGGCUGUGGGAACAAGGACAUAUUCUACUGUGCCCAUGUGGUAGCGCUCUCACUCUACAGGAUCCGUAAACCAGAACAAGUCAAAUUGCGUCUUCCUAUCUCCGAAACCCUUUUCCAGAUGAAUAGGGACCAGCUACAAAAGUUUAUUCAAUAUUUAAUCACGGCACACCACACUGAAGUUCUUCCUACUGCACAGAAACUGGCAGAUGAGAUUCUAUCCUCCAACUCAGAAAUCAACCAAGUGAACGGUGCCCCUGACCCCACAGCUGGGGCCAGCAUUGAUGAUGAGAACUGUUGGCAUUUGGAUGAAGAACAGGUGAAAGAACAAGUGAAGCUUUUUCUCUCCCAGGGUGGUUACUGUGGCUCUGGAAAGCAACUCAACUCAAUGUUUGCCAAGGUUCGAGAAAUGCUGCGGAUGAGAGAUUCCAAUGGAGCAAGGAUGCUGACACUAAUAACUGAGCAGUUUAUGGCUGACCCACGACUCACACUCUGGAGGCAGCAAGGAACAAACAUGACAGACAAGUGCAGGCAGCUCUGGGAUGAGCUAGGAGCUUUAUGGGUGUGCAUAAUUUUAAAUCCACACUGCAAACUGGAGGAGAAAUCCUGCUGGCUGCAGCAGCUGCAGAAGUGGAGCGACCUGGAUGUCUGUCCCCUGGAGGAUGGAAACUAUGGACAUGAGCUGCCCAACAUCACCAAUGCACUUCCCCAGAGUGCCAUUCACAGCCCAGACUCCUUAUCCAGACCAAGACGAACAGUAUUCACUAGAGCCAUUGAGGGCCGUGAAUUACAUUGGCAGGAUAGCCACCUACAGCGAAUAAUCAGCAGUGAUGUUUAUACAGCUCCUGCCUGCCAGAGGGAAAGUGAAAGACUACUCUUUAAUUCCCAAGGCCAGCCACUGUGGCUUGAGCAUGUGCCUACAGCCUGUGCUCGGGUUGAUGCCCUACGUUCCCAUGGUUAUCCAAAAGAGGCCCUCAGACUCACAGUGGCCAUUAUUAAUACUCUGAGGUUGCAGCAGCAGCGGCAACUGGAAAUCUACAAGCAUCAGAAGAAAGAACUGUUGCAGAGAGGAACCACAACCAUCACAAACCUGGAGGGCUGGGUGGGCCAUCCCCUGGAUCCCAUUGGCUGCCUGUUUCUCACUUUGACUGAGGCCUGCCGCCUGAAUGAUGAUGGCUAUCUGGAGAUGUCAGAUAUGAAUGAAAGCAGACCCCCUGUGUACCAGCAUGUACCUGUGGCUGCAGGUUCCCCAAACAGCAGUGAGUCCUACCUGUCAUUGGCCCUGGAAGUUGCAUUGAUGGGCCUGGGUCAACAGAGGGUAAUGCCUGAAGGCCUCUACGCACAGGACAAGGUAUGCCGUAAUGAGGAGCAGCUCCUGAGCCAACUCCAAGAGCUGCAGCUGGACGAUGAGCUAGUGCAAACACUGCAAAAACAAUGCAUCUUACUGCUGGAAGGAGGUCCUUUCAGCGGUCUGGGAGAAGUCAUCCACCGAGAGAGUGUUCCCAUGCAUACCUUUGCCAAGUAUUUGUUCUCAGCUCUGCUGCCUCAUGAUCCAGACCUGUCCUAUAAAUUAGCCUUACGUGCCAUGAGGUUACCUGUUUUAGAAAACUCAGCUUCUGCAGGCGACACAUCCCACCCUCACCAUAUGGUGUCUGUGGUGCCCAGCCGUUAUCCUCGCUGGUUCACGCUUGGACACUUGGAAUCACAGCAGUGUGAACUGGCCUCCACCAUGCUGACUGCUGCCAAAGGAGACGCUUUGAGACUCCGAACAAUUCUAGAAGCAAUACAGAAGCACAUUCAUUCUUCCUCCCUCAUUUUCAAACUGGCCCAAGAUGCAUUCAAGAUUGCCACUCCCACUGACAGUAGUGCUGACAGCACCCUGCUCAACGUUGCCCUGGAACUUGGGUUACAGGUGAUGCGGAUGACCCUAUCAACCCUUAACUGGAGACGCAGGGAGAUGGUACGAUGGUUGGUGACCUGUGCUACAGAAGUGGGUGUGCGGGCCCUGGUGAGCAUCUUGCAGAGCUGGUACACACUCUUCACCCCUACUGAGGCUACUAGUAUCGUAGCUGCCACAGCCGUAUCCCACACCACUAUCCUGCGCCUCAGUCUUGACUAUCCACAGCGGGAGGAACUGGCUAGCUGUGCUCGCACACUGGCCCUACAGUGUGCUAUGAAGGAUCCACAGAGCUGUGCCCUGUCAGCCCUUACACUCUGUGAGAAAGACCACAUUGCCUUUGAGGCAGCCUACCAGAUUGCCAUUGAUGCUGCUGCUGGUGGUAUGACCCAUUCACAGCUGUUCACCAUCGCCCGCUACAUGGAGCUCCGUGGCUACCCGCUACGUGCCUUCAAGCUGGCCUCAUUGGCCAUGAGCCAUCUUAACCUGGCCUACAACCAGGAUACUCACCCAGCCAUCAAUGAUGUGCUCUGGGCUUGUGCUCUCAGCCACUCUCUAGGCAAGAAUGAGCUGGCAGCUCUCAUCCCCUUGGUGGUGAAGAGUGUGCACUGUGCCACAGUGCUUUCAGACAUCUUACGACGCUGCACAGUGACUGCACCUGGCCUGGCCGGCAUCCCAGGCCGCCGCAGCUCUGGAAAGCUCAUGUCCACUGACAAAGCUCCAUUGCGCCAGUUGCUGGAUGCCACCAUCAAUGCCUAUAUCAACACUACACACUCACGCCUAACACACAUCAGCCCUCGCCACUAUGGAGAGUUCAUUGAGUUUCUAAGCAAGGCUCGGGAGACCUUCCUGCUGCCCCAGGAUGGCCACCUGCAGUUUGCCCAGUUCAUCGACAACCUCAAACAGAUCUACAAAGGCAAGAAAAAGUUGAUGCUGCUGGUGCGAGAGCGCUUUGGCUGAGAGAGCAGAUAGCUCACCGCCAGAGAAGCCUGGGUUCCCAGGUAGUAUCAGGUCAGGCCAAGGGCACUGAAACAUUUGUCCACCCUGAGAGAACUCUGAGCAUCUGUGGCUGAGGCCAAAGGACCACAGGGCUAAGGAUGGGGAAAGUCCAACUCUAGUCGAUAUGCCUACCUUGGCAAGCUUCUGACUACAGCCUACUGUUCAUGGAGGAGCUGGGCCCUGCAGAUCGACCAGAAACCCCACAACAUGCCACCUCAUGCCCCUAUAUCCUGCGUGUCCUGAGCAUUGGCCCUGUCUCCCUUGGCAAACACAGAACACUGUUCCAUCUCAGGGAUUGCUUAACCAGAGAAACAGACACAUUUAUGGGACUGUAAAUACUAUAUGUGUUGCUAAUUAUUGUAAACUUGUAAGUAUUUAUAAUUCUGCUUCUGAUUGGAUGGGCACUUGAAGUAGCUGUGGGUAGGAGGAUAUGCUUAUUUUCUGAGGAGACUCACAACCAUUUCUCAGGUUUCCCUUGCAGAGUGUUUGCUGGUAGCAGUGGAAGAGUGAGGGUGCCAAGGAGAAAAAUGGCCAGUUAGAAUCAACCCAAGUCUAGUCUAUGCAGAAUCCCCCGCCUACAGACAGGGCAUUUAUAGCCCAGUGGUGAGGGACAGAGGCCAGGACUGGACUUAAGACUUUUGCCUCACAAAAUUAUGAGGACAUUGAAGCUCCUGCCUCACACAGCCUCUUCAGGAGCCUGCUGAACGCCUGAGAAACAAGUGCAGGGAGAAUGUGAAGGUCUGGGAAGCCGCUGAGAUUUCAUAAUAUUCAUCUAGUGUGGUCACCUUUGUGUUAGAGAGUGUGUGGUUUCAUCUAUAAUCGUGUGUGUGUAUCUUUAUGGCUAAGUAUGUGUCUAUGUGCAUAGAUACAUCUGUGCAUGCCUGUCUGUAUGUGCACAUAUAUAUUUAUAUGUAUGUGUCAGCUCUAUGGCAGUGUACCUGUGUGAAUAUGUGCACACUGGACUGUGAGUUUCUACAUGAGGAUAUACACAUUUUGCGUACAUGUGAGGAUGCACAUCUUUGUGCAAAUGCACUCAUGUUUGUGCAUGUUUAGUGUGUAUAUCUGGGUACACGAGUGCAUGUGUAUCAACAUGUUUGUAUCCGUGUGUAUGCUUGUUAUCCAUGCAUCCAUGUCUUUAUAUGUGUAACUGAGCGUAUAUCUACAUGUAGGGAUGUCUGUGUAUUCAUAUUUGAGGAUCUGCAUCAAUGUGUCCUUUGUUUUUGCCAGAUUUCUCUUUCCCAUUCCUCUUAAAUCUCUCUCACCAGCUAAACGUUUGUUCCCCAUCUCUGUGUCUCCUCUAUUCAUUCUCUCACCAAACAAACUUCUAAGCACCAGUCUCCCUCUGCCAUCAGAUUGGCUGCUUUAGCUCCACAGUUCUCGUCUAGCCCCAUACUUGCUUUCUUCCCCUGCCUUUCUACCUCAAGCUUCCUUGCCUGCUUUUGUCACAGUCUCAUUGCUCGCUGACUUGGAGGCUAGGGCUGGUCUGCACUUAGCCUCUCCAUUCCUAAUUUCUAGCCCUAGUGGGCAGCCCUCUUAGCCCUGGCUGACCUCCACAGUGAAUCAUGUUCCUGCUACCUUCCUGACCCCUGUGCUCGGCCUGGAAUUGUUAUAGGAGGUAGCAAGGGCAUUCAGAAGAGUCAGUUGGAACCAGUGUCUUGGUGUUUACUGUUUCAUGUCUUAGUUCCUGAGUUGGGGGGUGGGGUUUGAUAGGGAAGGGGUGGUAUAGCUAGAAUGUGAACUAAGAACUUCUCCAUCUGCUUUACUUUUUCUUUCUUUGACAAACUGUCACCUUUUUUACUCCAAACUGACCAAGAAGUUGUAUUUGCCGUUUGUGGCUACUCAAGUCUUACUGUCCAGCCAAGGGCCCCUAUGUCUCAGCCCAAUGGGUUGGUUAAAAAAAAGAGAGAAGCCACUCUCAUUUCUGUAUCACAGUUGCCCUUUUUUAGCAAGUGUGUGAAUUCACAGUGCUUUUCUAUGAAUAAAUCAUGGAUCACAUAAAAGAUCAUUUUUCUAAAAGCA